AUGUAUGUCUAUCACUGGCGAGAGGAGCAAGAGGCGGCUAUGAGGGCGUCCAAGGGAACUGGCAUGACCCAGGAGCAAGUCGUGAAUUUCGUGAACGGCUGUGAGUAUUUCAUACUGCUGAGAUAUGCUUCCAGCGAGCUGACUCGAAUACAGAUUAUCCAUGUUAUGAGUUAUAUACUGAUGUGCUACGGAAUGGUAUAUUCGGGGAGGAAAAAGGCAAGCAGCUUCGCUUGGUCGUUGGCAAGGACCGAAAGGUGAAGGAAGUGCACAAAAUAUAG